AUGGAGGCCUCAAGCGAGUCAUUAGAAACGGUUGCUCGGCAGGCGCCUGUGACUUACGAGCGUAGGGUUCGGACUGAUCUCGAUGACAAAAUUCCCAAACCUUAUGUGCCGAGAGCUCUGGUCGCUCCGGAUACAGAGCAUAGGAAUGGCUCUCCAGGUCAUAGACAUUACAAUCUCAGUGUUCUCCAACAGCAUGUCGCCUUCUUCGAUAUGGAUGAUAACGGCAUCAUAUAUCCUUGGGAGACGUAUACUGGACUUCGAGCCUUGGGGUUUAAUUUCAUCGCGUCUCUAGUCAUGGCUUUGAUGAUAAACGGUUCUCUAAGUUACUUCACUUUGCCUGGGUGGAUACCUUCUCCAUGGCUUCCAAUAUACAUUCUCAAUAUCCACAAAGCCAAACAUGGUAGUGACACAGAGGUUUAUGAUUCUGAAGGGAGGUUUCUUCCUGCCAAUUUUGAGAACUUGUUUAGCAAGUACUCUCGUAUACGGGAAGAUGCUUUCACAUUUUCGGAGCUAUGGCAUAUGACGGAGGGGAACCGGAAUGCCCUUGAUCCCUUCGGAUGGAUCGCGAAUAAAUUGGAGUGGGGGUUACUGUAUGUGCUUGCAAGGGACGAGCAUGGCUUUCUCCCAAAAGAAGCCAUGAGGGCGACCUAUGAUGGGAGUCUCUUCGAAUAUAUUGCGAAACAGCGAGAAGCAAACAAGACCCACUAAAUCCUCCGAGUGGUCUCUCUCUCUGUCUCUAUUGUAGUAACUGUAUAUGGUUGUCAUUGUAAUUAUUUUUAUAGUUCAAU